AGUUAUCACAAUGUACAAUAAAUUAAAGUAUUAGGCUAAUAUUUAAAACGACAUCCAUACAACUAGCACACAGGGUACAUGUUUUUGUGAGUGAGAUCCUGUCAUAAAAAUGUUCGUCGUUUAUGGUGUCACUUUUAUGUUUUCUGCCAUUGUUGUAUGUUUAACACGGACUACUUUUUCUCAGACCAUAGAUGGGUGCCCGAUGUACGGAUGCCGUCCUAGUGGGACAUUUUCUUUCGCACUGAAUGCACCACGUGAUAAUGUAACAAUAGAUUGGAUCAAUGACUAUUUCCUAGGACCUAUACCGGAAGCAUUAGGUUGUGUGGGCAACUCAGUGACACUAGUUUGCCAGUCAAAUGGACCAGGUCCCGGAGAUACUGGAUUAAUGGCUCUGGACGCAGCAACCGGAAGUGUUAGAUGGCGCGAUUUCGUGUUGCGUUUCCCAACACUUCCUGUUUUAGACGAGGCAGGAAACUUGUGGGGAACUGACGGUUCUAGUUUGAUGCAUUAUGACGUCAAUGGCAAACCUUUAGCGCAGAUAAAUCUGGAGCCUCGUAUGAGACCACUGUUUGGAGUACAGUAUAUUGAUCCGGACCUUCUUUUAUUUGUAUCAGAAACAGGUCAGAUUUCAACACGAGAUUCUGACGGAACUCCAAUGGCAGACCUGUAUCUUACCGGUAAUGUUGAGAGAUUUAACGGAACCUUUAUCCCAACAGCCCCCGCCGUAGUCAAUGGUAAUCGAUUCUAUGUUCUUACAGAAUUCAAACCCGAUGAUGGCGUACAGGCAGGUAAUUUAGGUCUUCAGCGUCUCUAUGCUAUUGAUGCUUUCGAAAGAAUGGCAGACAGACUAGUCAUUGCAUGGUAUGCAAAUUUUGAAAGGGAGGAAACUCAACAAAGCUUAAAAUUUAGACCAAGGUCAUUCAAAAAACGGCACACGAAGAAAAUCAAACAAAGAGCUACAGAGCAGCGGCCAUCUUUGCUUUGGGAUAGCUUCCAGAAGACUGUUUACAUAUCACUUCCGCCACCGAUGCUAGGUACCAGUGGAGGGGAGAACGGGAUUGAAUCGAUGAUCGGGAUCAGGGACUUCGGAAAUUACAGUGGCCAAGUAUUUAAAGUUGCUAGGAGCGCGACAAACAUGGUCCUUUACGAACGAAACAGUGCCUCUGGACAACCACCAUCUAACGCUGGUGCCCAGCUUUGGAUUUCACUUCCGGAUAGCAAGAUUGUAGCUAUUGAGCCUAACGGAAAUGUUUCAAAAGUGAUAGACGUAAACAAAAUUAUCAAAACAAACUAUACAAUCACAUCAAAGAUAACGUCUGCGCGUGCGCGAGAAGCUGACGAGGAUUUUCUCAUAUUUGGCAUUAAAGUGACUCAACCUACAGAAGAAUUCCGGAAGUUAGUAGAAUCGUUCGGCGUUGAUACGUCAGCCGCAACGCCGACAUGUUACGUCAUUGGUGUCGAUACACCGGAAAAUAUUGAAGGUGGUUAUUCAAUGGUUUGGAUGGUGCCAACUCCAGACGACGCUGAAGUAAAUGGCCAACUUAUUGGAAUCAAGGGCGAUAACUCUGGAAGAAAAGAUCAAAUAAUAGCAUUCGCACAGGUCGAGGGAAAGUUUGGGAAAUUAUUUUCCAUAGUGUAACAAUUUUUGGUUUUUCUUUCACUUUGAACCAGUUAUUCAUGUUUGCUUUAUCGAAACAAUAUGUAGAAACCUUAGCUGUAUACAUUGAACAUGUAUUAAAAAGCAUUGUUUAAAAAUAAAAAAUCACAACAGUUUCUUU